AUGUGCAACAAGACUGUGGGCCUUCUUAAGCGUUUUAAUGAUGAGGGGGACGUGAUAUCGUUGAAAUUGUGUCUUUCACCUCGCAAUUUGUCGUUAUCUGCGGCUUACAGCACCUUUGUUGAGGAGUUGCUUGGACCACAAAACUCGCGAACAUCUAUCACCCCCCGACCUAUUCUUAUGGAACUCAUCAAGUUGUAUCCACGAUUCAGCAACUUCGGUCAGCAUGACAGUCACGAGGCGCUUCGAUACCUGUUGGACGGCCUACGUCAAGAGGAGUUGAGGUUGUGGCAACGCGCCAUCUUGGAUGAAAUGAAGUACAUCUCCAAAUCUGCGGAGGAAGAGGCGGCAAAACAGGAGGUGCGUGCUUGGGGAAAAUCCACCUGUCUUUGCACCACAGUGGAUAGAAUAUUUGGUGGUGUUCUGCUCACGUCCCUGACGUGUAGCCAUUGCAAUCACAUCGCACUGCACUUCGAGGUCUUUUUGGACCUUUCAUUACCUAUUAUCAUUGAUGAUGUCGGUGCACAACGUCGCCACCGCAACGCAGAUUCCCAGCCAAAGACAAAACGGGAAUUGAAAAAAGAGCGCAAAGCAAAGGGCAAGAAGAACAAGAGGAAGGACAGGGAUCGUAAGCGUUUCGAGCGGGUGACUGAGGAGGACGACGUCGGCACCAUUGCAUAUGAGGAGGAAGGUCAUAGUAACCAUGUGCGGCGUGGCGGUAGGAAAAGCAAGUACAGCAGAUGGUCUUGGGAGGAGGAGUGGGACAUGGCUGACGGGGAGGCGGUCUCGCAGGAUGCGAAGAACGCCACUGUGGAGCAGGCGCGACUGGACACGAAGGUGGAUGAAGCAACUACGACUCCAGAGCUCACCCUUGAGAACAGUGCAUGUGAUGGGGAACUCUUUGACAUAGUCGGAGGUGACAGCAUUGAAGGCCUUUUGUUGCUGCCUUCCUCAGAAAAGACAAACACUGUGGAGGCCAACACAAAAUCAGCUUCUAGUGAAUCUCCUGUCGGCGUGAAAGAGGCCUCAGUCAAUAAUAAAUUGGGCGGCAAGAAAGCUUCUUCUCAUCCUCUAGCAGCUUGUGGAACCGAUUCCGACAGUGAAUCCUACACCUCAUCCUCUCUGAAUGGUAGUUUUGUUGUUCUUUUGUGUGGAUUUUGUAUGUCCCGAGGUGGAAUGUAUUUUAUACGAUCUGCAGGUGCCGAUGGCGUUGGGAUGGGGAAGGAAUCACACACCGACUCCAUAUCAGCUGGAGAGAAUGCAGACCUUGAGGACAACCUUGACGACCUCACCAGUCACCUCUCGGAUGGCUCAGCGCUCAUCCUGCCGAUUUCACCGGAUUCGGAGACGUUGAUGUGCAAGGAUCUCGCUACAAAACUUCGCAUUUCCUCGGCCGGCGACGAGACGGCGAUUGCCCAGCCGGACGAGGAUGUGAUGGCGAAAAAAGUCGCCAUUUCUCCCAUUUUGUCGGCACUACCGUCUCAUCCCACCGAUCUUGAGCUCUGUCUGGCCAAAUUCGUUGAGCUUACAGAGCUGACUGGUACCAAUCAACCUUUCUGCGAGCGAUGCACGGAAUGCACCAGUGGUGACUCUGGCGACAGUGAAAGCAGCAGCAAGGGCGGUGUUCGCCGCGACUCUGUGAAACGUGAUCUCAUUAUCAAACCACCGGCUGUGCUCACCCUACAUCUCAAGCGUUAUUUCCAGUGUGGCCGUCGCCUACAGAAAUGUUCAAAACAAAUCACCUUCCCAAUUAACCUUGAUCUGAGACCCUAUUGUUCGCGUUUGGCUCGGCUCUCCUCGGGCGAGGGUCAGUAUCGCCUCUUUGGUGUGGUGGAGCAUUCAGGCCAACUUCGCAGUGGUCACUACGUGUGCUACGUGGCAGAACAAAGUGACAUUCCUGCCUCUAGAUUCAUAACGCAACUGGAGAAACCGGAUCCCUGGCCCCUUCACCUCUACCACCUGGUGUGUCAACUGCGUCGUGGUGAUCGACGCGUCAUUUAUGGCCAAGUCGACGACGACACCUACAUAGAUGAGGCAUCAAGGACCAGUGACGCGCGGACCUGGUACUACAUCAGUGAUACUCACGUGACCCGCACCUCCGUCUCCAACGUUCUCAGUGCUCAACCCUACCUCCUUUUCUACCAACGAGUUCGGUAG